AUGAGCGCGCGUGGUGGUGACGGGAUGGAUGAUGAUGAGGAUGUUGAGCUCCGCGAGCUUCCAGAGGCCAGGGUCGGCUUCGGGUUCGGCGCGUGGACGGCGGUGGUUCCACUGGAACUUUGGCUGGAACUUUGGCGGGCGCAAGGGCGGAACGCGGCGGGCAAUAAUCCGCGGGCACAGGCAGAUUCAGAUUCAACAGGUUCGCCCCAAGAAUCGACUGUGAAGAUGGAGACGACGUUACCGCUUCCCUUUCUGGUGGGCGUGUCCGUCCCCCCCGGUCUUGCCUCCAGCGAGGGGCUGACCCGGGACGAGGUCUCAUGCUUGGGAUGCGUCUUCUUUGAGGUGACUCAGCAAAACCUCGAGAAACUCCUGAGCUUCCUGCACCAGCACAACUCGGAGUUCCAGAGCUUCCUCGACGUGACCGAACUGGCCUCCAAGGACGACAUUGUCUCGCUUCUCGACCACGGCGCAAGGAAAGUCUUCGUGCAGCCCGAGAGGCUGGCCGAGUUUGCAGACUUCAAGGGCCGUGUUGCCCCAGCAGUGACCGACGCCACGCACCUCAGUGCCGCCACCGAGCAUGGCCUGCUGUUGAAGAACUUUGACCAGACGAGGUGCGACGUCGCCCAGUUCUUGGAGAAGACCAAGGCUGAGAAGCUCCCGCCGCUCUACAUCACGCCCUCGGCCGAGAGGGUCGUCUAUGAGCACUUCAUCGACAUCUGCGGCCAGAUCUCCGCCAUUCCCAUUCUUCCCUCGACUGCUCUGACUACUGACAAGAAAGAUGAGAAGAAGAUCUUUGUCUCAAAGCUGCUUUCGGGAUCGUGGACUUCAGACCGUGCCGACAAGCUGAUGCCCACUGUGGUUUGUGACGAGAGGGGGGUCGCCCUCGGCUUGGUCUACAGCAGCGAGGAGAGCGUGGCCGAAUCGCUCAGAACUCAGACCGGUGUCUACCAAAGCCGGAAGCGUGGCCUCUGGUACAAGGGCGCCACGUCGGGUGAUACACAGGAGCUGGUCAGGAUCUCCCUGGACUGCGACAACGACGCGCUGAAGUUCAUCAUCAGGCAGACGGGCAAGUUCUGCCACUUGGAUCAGUUCGGGUGCUUUGGCGAUCUGAAGGGUCUCUCGAAGCUGGAGAAGACCCUGGUCUCGAGGAAGCAGUCAGCCCCCGAGGGCUCUUACACUGCACGCCUCUUUUCAGAUGAAAAGCUACUCCGUGCCAAGAUCAUGGAGGAGGCCGAGGAGCUCUGCGAUGCGAAGACGCCCGAGGACGUCGCCUUUGAGGCUGCAGACCUUAUUUACUUUGCUCUCACCAAGGCGGUGAGCGCUGGUGUUAACCUGGCCGAUAUCGAAAGAAAUCUGGACGCAAAGAGCCUCAAGGUCAAGAGGCGAACAGGCAACGCCAAGGGCAAGUGGGCCGAGAAGGAGGGCAUCACGAAUGGCGCGGUUGAGAAGGCGAAAGAAACAGCAAAGGAGUCCACUACGCCGCUGACUUCUGCGCCGGCAACCAGGGCACAGACAGCCCCCGAACUCUCGGACAGGAUAACCAUGAAGCGCAUCGACGUCAGCCAGGUCGGCGCUCAGCAGGUGUCGGAGGCUCUGAAGCGUCCCUCGCAGAAGUCGGCCGAGGCCAUCCUUGGCAUAGUCACCCCUAUUAUCAGCGAUGUUCGCCAGAACGGCGAUAAGGCGCUUCUGUCUUAUACUCACAAGUUCGAAAAGGCCACAUCAUUGACCUCACCUGUCCUUAAGGCUCCAUUCCCCGAGUCACUGAUGCAAUUGCCCGAAGAGACCAUCAAAGCCAUUGACAUCUCGUUCGAGAACAUCAGGAAAUUCCACGCCGCUCAGAAAGAAGAUAAGCCCCUGAAGGUGGAGACUAUGCCUGGCGUGGUAUGCAGCCGGUUCGUACGGCCAAUCGAGCGAGUUGGUCUGUAUGUUCCUGGUGGAACAGCAGUCCUGCCCAGCACCGCCCUCAUGCUUGGAGUUCCAGCAAUGGUUGCCGGCUGCCAGAAGAUCGUGCUCGCCUCGCCUCCCCGAUCGGACGGUAGCAUUACCCCUGAAAUUGUGUAUGCAGCUCACAAGGUCGGUGCUGAAAGCAUCGUCCUGGCUGGCGGUGCGCAAGCAGUGGCCGCCAUGGCUUACGGCACGGAAAGCGUGACCAAGGUCGACAAGAUCCUUGGCCCUGGCAACCAGUUUGUCACCGCGGCCAAGAUGUACGUCAGCAACGAUACCAACGCUGGUGUAAGCAUCGACAUGCCCGCUGGCCCCUCUGAGGUCCUGGUCAUCGCGGACAAGGACGCCAACCCUGCCUUUGUCGCCUCGGAUCUGCUCUCCCAGGCCGAGCACGGCGUCGACAGUCAGGUUAUUCUGAUUGCCGUCGACCUCGAUGCCAAGCAGCUCCAGGCGAUCGAAGACGAGCUGCACGACCAAGCCAUGGCCCUCCCUCGCGUCGACAUUGUUCGUGGGGCCAUUUCCCACUCUGUCACAAUCCAGGCCAGGGACAUUGACGAGGCUAUGCGGAUUAGCAACGAUUAUGCUCCGGAGCACUUGAUCCUGCAACUCAAGGAUGCAGAGGCGGUCGUCGACAAGGUCAUGAACGCCGGCAGUGUCUUCAUCGGCCAGUGGACUCCUGAGAGCGUGGGCGACUACUCGGCGGGUGUCAACCACUCCUUGCCAACAUACGGCUACGCCAAGCAGUACUCAGGCGUCAACCUCGGAUCCUUCGUAAAGCACAUCACGAGCUCGAACCUGACACCCGAAGGCCUGAAGAACGUCGGCCCGGCUGUCGAGCAGCUUGCCAAGGUCGAGGAGCUGAUUGCCCACCAACGCGCCGUUAGCAUACGGCUUGCUAGCUUACAGAAGUAA